AACGAAACGGAGCAAGAGGAGGAACAUGAAAGUGAGCAAACACGCAAAUCUCGUGAAAUUGCGGUACAAACUAGUAUCGAUGCUUUUGAGUUGAAACCAUUGACACCGUUAGUGAAAAAUGUCGGUACUGCCACUACAUCGAGUACGAGCAGUCGACGUUUCUCGCGAUACCGACAACGUCAUUCCGCAUUCCGCUACGACUAUGAGGAUAAGACUUUCUCGACUCUAUCAAAUACGGAUGACGAUACGGACGAUAAGCAAUUCGGCAGCUCUUGCACGGAGAAUGGACAAGUAUGUGCCGGACUUCCGCAUUCGAUUUGCUCACACAAUAUAUGCUUCUGUCGCUCGGGAUACUAUCCAAGUAAUGGGAAAUGUUUUGCGGAGCUUGGAGAGAUAGCGGAGAGUGCCAACGAAUGUGAGCAUACAUUCGAAACAUCGUCAAAAAAAUGUAUUUGCCAAACUAGCUACUUCUACGAACGUAAUUUACGCUCAUGUAGAAAACCAAUCCAAUAUCACUUAUCGUGUACCUCGGACAGUCAAUGUAGUCCGUUCGGCGCCGCAUAUUGUCCCACGCAAAUACCUCGACGUUGCACCUGCGAUGAAUAUGCGGAGUAUGAUGAAUUGCGGCAGCUGUGCGUCUACAAGCAGGGACUAGGCGAAUAUUGUGAGUCGAAUGAUGCCUGCGGGACGGUGGCCAAUGCGGUCUGUACGAAUAAUUACUGUGCUUGCAAGGAUAACUUCUUUGUGCAGAAUAAUACAUGUCUACCAGGUAUUGGUGCCGAUUGUGAAACGGACGUCGAAUGUGGUGGGGUAGAUAAUUCAGUUUGUGAUCUCACCUCACCGACAAGUGAGGAAAAAGACAAGGCUUGUCAAUGUAAAAAGGGAUAUGUACACUUUAAGGAUGAGUGCCUAAAGGAAGCUGAGGAACUAGAUGAUGAGUGCAUUGAAACGGAGCAAUGCACACCAUUGUUGGGUACCUGCAUCGAUAAGAAAUGUUCCUGCACGUCCGAACAACACAUUAAAUCUGGUCGUUGUGAAGAAAAGAAAGUCCUGGGUGAUGCCUGCGCACGGUCCACUCAAUGUUUUGUCGAAAAGGAGCCAGAAAAUGUUGAAUGUCGCAACUCGGUUUGCCAAUGCAAAUUUAGUUACCAAGAGGACGAAGAAAAGAAGACUUGUAUACGUGUGGUAUCCAGUACCAAAAAUUCUUCCGGAAGGCCAAGUGCUCUUAAAAUAAUAACAUUCCUAUUAAUAGGAGCAGCUUUCUUAAUAACAAGUGCCGCAAUUAAACAGGCUUAUUAUGAUUAAAUUUCAUAUAUGUAGUUAGUUGCAUUUUGGGUAAAUUAAGAGCGCAAAUUAUUUCGCAAGCCGAAGGAAAAACUUACAUACUCGUGUAUAUAAACAU